CGAAUUAUCGACACCCACGGCGUGGCAUGACACAGCACUGGUUCCUCGCUGCGUCAUGCAAACAAUGCCUCAACCUGCUCGAGGGACUUGCCCUUGGUCUCGGGCACGCAGCGACACACGAACACAAUGCCCAAGGCACACAUGGUGGCAUAAAACAUAUGCACACCGCCCUGCGUCAGCGCACUCUGCAGGCUCAGGUAGGUGAUGGCCACAAGGGACGAUACCAACCUGAGAGAACCGACACGACACAACACAACAUACACAGCAUGAGAUCCGCCCACUGCCUGUCUCUCUCUCUCUCUGUGUGUGUGUGUGUGUGUUUGUGUGUCUGACCUGCAGACGAGCAUAGCCAUGCUCAUGCCCUUCCCCCGCAGGCGCAUUGGAAAGACCUCUGCCGGGAUGAUGUAGGCCAUCGGACCAACACCCAGCGAGAACGACGAAACGAAGCCCAUGAACGCUGCCACCUUCAGAUAAGGGGCGUGGGCGAAGAACCACGCAGCUACGGCGAAUGUGUAGAGGCAGGCACUCAUCAUCAGACAGCUGAUCAGCAGCAGGGGGCGCCUGCGAGCAAACCAUUAACAGUCGGGGCGUCUGUCUGCCUUGGUCUCUGACCUGCCCAUUUUGUCCACGAGGUAUGCGGCGACGACAACGAAAGAGACCUUGACGAUGCCGAUGAGGAUGGUGCCGAUGAACACCUCCUGCUGGGUCGACAGGCCCACCUGCAUCAGGAUGAUGUCGCUGUAGUAGGUCGCCGCCUCCACGCCCGUGAUCUGGGACAGCAGAGCCACACCAAGACCUGUUCAACACCAGACACACACAUGGAAAGAGGUCAAGUCAAGGGAGGGCUCCUUCCAUUUCGUAUGUACCUGUGAAGACCAUUCUUCGCGCCUUUCCGUCUUGUGGGCACAAGACGUCAAGCCAUGAAGCCCCCUGCUGGCUCUCCUGCUUUUGCGCCUCAUGGAUCUCAUUCAUGGCCUGAGGCAGGACGAGACACACACGCACAGGACGAGAAUGGACUUCUGCCUCUGCUGCACGUAGCUGAUCACGUCCUUCCCCCACCCAUUCACCUUAUUGAUCUCUGAUGCGCGCGUGACUUGCAUGAGGACGGCGGCAGCCUCCUCAUCACGGCCGCGUGACAUCAACCAGCGUGGCGGCUCGGGAAGACCAGACACACCUGCACAAAACACAAAACACAAAACGCAGCCGUGCGCACGGCCAUGGAUGGCGACAUUCGUCUGCGUUGUUCUUCUUGUUCUGCAUGUACCUAAUAAAAUGACGACAGGAGGGAUCAGCCCCAUUCCAAUCAUGAAGCGCCAGUUGACGGUCGGCGGCAGGUCCACAUACACGUAGUUCAUGACGUAGCCCAACACGAUGCCCACGUUGAUGGAGAUCUCACACAUGGUCGUCAGGCCGCCCCUCAGCUGCGCGGGGCUUAUCUCCGCGGCAUACAGGGGUGUGAUGACCAGACCCGCACCCACACCCAGCCCCGUGAUCAUUCUCCCGAGCAACAAGUACUCGAACGUCGGCGUAAAGGUCAUGAGAAGCCCGCCAGCGAUGAAGGUGAGCGAGGUGUACAUGACGCAGGCGCGACGGCCGUAGGAAUCAGCGAUCUGCACGAAGAACACACAGACAGGAAUGGGAAUGAGGCGUGUUGUCUUUGUGUGGCAUGCAUGGGAUUGACCGACUGACCGACCAUUCCAGCCAAGAUGACACCGCCAGUGGCCACCAAGUUCAGAAUCCCUAUCGUCACCUCCGUCAUGAAAUCACUCAGUCCGAAGGACGAUUUGACAAAGACAAUAGCCCCCGCCAUGACGCCGAUGUCAUAGCCCAAGAGUGCAGACGUCAAACAAACGAACCCAACGCAAAGCACCACGAAACACGCAGGCGGCACCCGACACCUGCUCACAGACGGUGGCCCCUGAUGGCCGCGGUGCUUGGGUGGCGACCUCCUCUUGGUGGCAUAGCCGUGUUCUCUGAGCUUUGUCCGCUCGCCGAGUGACGUUGACGAUGUGUGUGUGGAGGUGGGGGACGCAUCGGUGCUGAUGGGGGGCGGGGGGAGGGGGGUGAGCGUGAUGCUCGGAGGGGGCAGACAGAUGUGGGGAACAGCAGAUCUGGCAGACAUGGAUGGACACGAGAAGAGAAGUGUGCCGGGUAGCGGUUGACGGUUGCUUGGUUGGGUCGCACGUACCCGUAAAUGGUCGGUACAGGGCCAUCUGUCGGCCUCGGUGUCAGCACUAUCUCCCUGACGAAGCAUACAGAUGCAGGCAGGCCUCAAGUGUGCGCCAUAUGGAGCCUCUGUUUGCUGCGCACCGGAACUCGGCCUCGUGUGAUGAGUGCGUGACGAUACUGACGUUGGACUCGCGCCGCAGAUAACGCGGAGAGGAUCUCCGAGUGACGCCCCUGAACCAAACGGGCCAGACGCACACAUCACACACUCAGAGCAUCUCGCUCUCCGUCGUGCUCUUCACCUGGGCGUCAGGUCAAGGUCAUCGUCUUCCUGAAGGCACUCGUGCAGCACCGUGAACCCAUUGAUGAGCGAAGGUGAACAGGGAGGCGACACACUUGGCGAGAUCUUCUGCAGAUGUAGCAACGAAACGAGCACAUGAAGAUGAAGAUGCCUGCAGUGGCUCGUGACGCGCACCUGUUUGUGAUUCUCUGCCACAUCUUCCCAUGAGGUUUCGGACACAAACCCGUCAUCGGUGUUUUCCUCAGAAAGUGGCAAAUAUCGCUGCCCCGGCGCUCUGCCUCUUCCUUCAGCCCUCAUCUGGUCCUCCCCUCC